UCCAAGUAGUAGCUAUUUAACUAGCUUAGGGCCCUUAUAACAUUUACUAACGGGGUUUAGCUGCAGCAAAAGGGAGUUUUUGUUUUUGUAAAUAAAGUCAAGUUACCUCCAAGAAAGAAGUGACUUCAACCGUUAGCAAGAAAGCUAAACACAGUUAUCAGACAAAGUCCAUUAUUCUAAAGACCGCAUGUAAAGCGGCAUCAUUAACAAAAUAUGCUUUAAAGUAGACUUUUAGUUAUCCUGUAACUGUUAUUGUCUGACCCAGCUGCAGGGCGGUCGCCGGCAUGUUUCCUUUAGACUCGCCGUGGAACAUCUCGUUCGCAGGUUGUGGCUUCCUCGGGAUCUACCACGUCGGUGUUGCCAGCUGUCUGCUGGAGCAGGCUCCUUUUCUAGUGCAAAACGCCAGGCACAUAUAUGGGGCAUCAGCUGGAGCUCUCACUGCCACUGCUCUGGUCACUGGAGUAUGUCUUGGAGAGGCCGGUGCAGGUAUCAUCGAUGUUGCCAAAGAGGCGAGGAAGCGAUUCCUCGGACCCAUGCAUCCUUCCUUUAACCUGGUCAAGAUUAUGCGUCACAUGCUGCGGCGCACUCUGCCAGCUGACUGCCACUAUGAAGCCAACGGGCGGUUAGGAAUCUCUCUUACCCGAGUGACGGAUGGAGAAAAUGUCCUGGUGUCGCACUUCAACAACAAGGAGGAGGUGGUGCAGGCAUGUGUCUGCAGUGCCUACAUCCCAGUGUAUUGUGGCCUCAUUCCUCCCACACUGCAAGGAGUGCGAUAUGUCGACGGAGGAAUCUCAGACAACCUGCCUCAGUAUGAGCUGAAAAAUACCAUCACUGUGUCCCCGUUCUCCGGAGAGAGCGACAUCUGCCCCCGAGACACUUCUACCAACAUACACGAGCUGCGAUUCACCAACACAAGCAUCCAGUUCACUCUCACCAACCUCUACAGAGUCUCCAGGGCACUUUUCCCUCCAGACCCAAUGAUUAUGAAGGGCAUGUGUAAGCAGGGAUACAAAGAUGCUCUGCACUUUUUAAACAGGAACGGAUUGCUUAAUUUCAACGGACCUCACAGAGACAGGCCCCUGCUGGCUAAUGGCGAAGAAAAUGAGGAUUAUAUUGAUGAUGAGGAGCAGGAGAAUAACAGUGAUGAAGAGGAGGAAAAGACAGAUGUGGAAGAGGGAGCAGUGAUGGUUCUUUGCAGUUCCUCAAUAGAGGAGCAUAUCAUCGAACACCUUCCACACACCCUGCACAAAGCUCUCAUCGAGGCCUGCAUGGAGAGGAGGAGCCUGACGCAGUCGCUAAGCAACCUGUUUCCUGUCAGGAUGGCCUCAGCCAUGAUGCUCCCCUACACGCUCCCUCUGGAGUCUGCGAUGUCCAUGACUCUCAGACUUCUGGAGUGGCUGCCAGAUCUGCAAGAAGAUGUGGGAUGGAUGCACGAGCAGAUUUUAAAAAUCCUACUACAUGUUCUUCGCCAGGCCUCCAAAAGCAUUUCCCAGCAUGUAUCUGCCAGGUUUUGCUUUCAGCUGGAGCUGCACCACUACCAGUCCCUUCCAUCCCGGAUCAGCUCCACCAGCCUUUUAUCCAACUGGGUGAAUGAGAGCAGUUCUUCAGUCCUCGAUGUCUUCAUGCGUCUCGACCAGUACAAGAGACAGCUGCUGUCAGGAGGACUGUGUUUCAACAUGGACCUGCAAGGCUCCUUCAAAGCUCAACAGGUGUCACCAGAUAAGAGCCCUUCCUCUGUCCUCUCCCCUGAAGGCCUCACAAUGGACAGAGUGUGUCUGGAUAUUCUACCUGCUGCCGUCUCUGAAGAAACCAUCAGCAGCUCUUAAGAGCUGAUAUACUUUUUCUAGAUCCAGGGACAUUUUUAAAUAAUUUAAAUCAGAGUCAACACCCUGACAUUUAGAUGAUUUAUCAGAUGCCAGGAAGAAAUGUGUGAUUUAAUCAGCCCCUUUUGUAUAGUAGUUGGAAAUGGUAAUAAUUUACCAUGUAUACACUUAAUGUGUAUAAAAUAUUUUUGACACUGAAAUAAGUCUUGUAUAAUCAGUCAAGCUCAUAGACACAGUGUGUCUGUAGCUCUACAGAAGUGCAUUUAAACUUAGUACAUGUGCUCCAGCAUGUACAGACUUAAAUUACAGGACGUUACAAACACUUGAAGUAGCAUUGUUAAAAUAGGCGAUGCUUAUGUUUUGGUGGAAUGUAGUCAGACCUACAGUUCCUCCUGCAUCCGUCACUUCUGUUACAGGUAGUUACUCCAUUUAUUGAUGCGUUAGUGUCAAUGCAGUACUGUGAAAAAAGACAUUGUAUUGAUGUCUUUUGGUUUGUACUGUUGUUCUUUACAACUAUUUAUAAAAAACAGUUCUGCUGUUUUCCCAAUCAUAGAAACGUGUUUCUAUCGUCUUGAUUUACUCGCAUGUAAGUUACAGCUCUUUUAGAUUUAAUUUUAAACCUACAUUGUAUUGAAUUAAAAAUCACAAAUUUUACAUUUAAUUUCAAACAGUAAAUAACAAAUUGAUUUUAUUUUCAUAAUCAAAGAAUCAGUUUAAUCUGAAUUGCACUUUCUGAGUUUAAUAGCCUACCUAAAUACUUUCUUGAACUGUGUACUACGAGAAAUUAUAUCUGUUGUGCCUUAUACUUAUACAAUAAAAUAAUUGCCAAGUGAAUUUAACAUUUUGCCAAAAUGUUGGCAUGGAAAUAAUAUUUAUGUGAUCAUUAAAUAAACUGGAAUUGUUUACCAUUAA